UCCUUCACCAACCCCCACCCCCUCUAUCCGUCUACCAACAUCGCAUUCUGCAUUCUACAGUUGAACUUGAACAGCUCGAUCACCCACUCAGUGCAAUUUAACAACCAACAACAAGCGCUUGCAAGUUAGCCCACAGCCGGCGGAGAAAAUGAAGAUCACUGUACGAGACUCGACGAUGGUGAGACCGGCGCAGGAGACUCCACGGCGGAGUCUAUGGAACUCCAACGUGGAUCUAGUGGUGCCGAACUUUCACACACCCAGCGUUUACUUCUACAGAUCCACCGGUUCUUCGAACUUCUUCGAUGGCGAAGUUCUCAAGGACGCGCUGAGCCGAGCCCUCGUCCCGUUCUACCCCAUGGCCGGCCGUUUGAAGAGGGACGAGGAUGGUCGGAUUGAGAUCGAUUGUAAUGGCGACGGCGUGUUGUUUGUGGAGGCCGAGACCGAUGGGGUGGUCGAUGAUUUUGGGGACUUUGCGCCGACUCUUGAGCUACGGAAGCUUAUUCCUUCUGUCGAUUAUUCUCUGGGGAUAUCGUCGUAUUCUCUGCUAGUCUUGCAGGUUACAUAUUUCAAUUGUGGUGGAGUCUCACUUGGUGUUGGUAUGCAACAUCAUGUAGCAGAUGGAGCUUCUGGUCUCCAUUUUAUCAACACAUGGUCUGAUAUGGCUCGUGGUCUUGACCUAACGGUCCCACCUUUUAUUGACCGGACUCUACUUCGUGCUCAUGACACACCCAUGCCUCAGUUCCAGCACAUUGAAUACCAGCCCGCUCCUGCCAUGAAAGCUUCUCCAGAAACCCCAAAAUCCGAAUCAGUUCCUGAAACAGCUGUCUCCAUUUUCAAAUUAACCAGGGAUCAACUCAGCGCCCUCAAAGCCAAGUCAAAGGAAGAUGGGAAUAUUAUUGGCUAUAGCUCCUAUGAAAUGUUAGCAGGACAUGUGUGGAGCUGUGCAUGCAAGGCACGUGGACUUCCAGAUGAUCAAGAAACCAAGUUAUACAUUGCCACUGAUGGACGGUCCAGACUCCAACCAUCACUUCCACCUGGAUACUUUGGCAAUGUGAUUUUCACUGCCACUCCUCUGGCAGUAGCCGGUGAUCUCCAAUCAAAGCCAACAUGGUAUGCUGCAAGUAGAAUUCAUGAUGCAUUAACACGAAUGGACAAUGAUUACUUAAGGUCAGCUCUGGAUUACUUGGAACUUCAACCUGAUUUGAAGGCCCUUGUUCGUGGCGCCCAUACUUUUAGGUGCCCAAAUCUGGGGAUUACCAGUUGGGUUAGGCUGCCCAUUCAUGAUGCAGACUUUGGUUGGGGCCGGCCAAUAUUCAUGGGUCCUGGUGGAAUUGCUUAUGAAGGGUUAAGUUUCGUAUUACCAAGUCCAACUAACGAUGGGAGUUUAUCAAUUGCUAUUUCACUGCAAUUGGAACACAUGAAACUCUUUGAGAAGUUCUUGUAUGACAUUUAAGGAAACGACUGUUGGACAACUCAUGCUGGUUAAUCCGAGCCAGUUGAUUUUGGACAUGCCAAAGCCUUUUUCUCUUUGGCAGUUAUGUUUCUUCCCUACCUAUGCUGGACACAUUAGUUAUGUCUGUUGUAAGUUACACUCUUGUUUCUGUCAAAAUGUAUUACUCAUGUCAUGUCUAGAUUACAAUUGGCAAAUACCAUCUGCAUGUAAGGAACUCGAGUACAUUGUAUUACUAAUUAGUAAUCAUAUUCUAAAUUUCAAAUAAGUGAAUAACGGAAAUGUUGUCAAAGUUGUGAAAUUGGGCUUCAGACAGCUUCGUAGUGUGCUAUUAAUCAAAUGUAAGGGGUGAAGGUAGGAUUUGAA